AUGGUGAUCGGAAAAGCGAUUGUUGCCCGGGAGCCGGUCCAUCCUCUAACCGUGAAUUGGUCAUUGGAGGAAGUGGAUGUCAAUUCACCAGGUGAAGGCGAGAUCCUCGUCGAAAUGCGCGCUUCGGGAAUAUGUCACACCGAUAUUGUUCUGACUUCAGUGCCCAAUGGGGAACUUGGUAUCACAUAUCCAAAGGUGGCGGGACAUGAAGGAGCCGGGAUUGUUCGCGGUGUCGGCAAAAAUGUUCAUACUGUUGAAAUUGGCGACCCAGUUCUUCUCUCUUUCUAUUCGUGCUCAUCGUGUCAACAAUGCGCGGACUCCCAUCCUGCGUACUGCAAGGACUUCGCGCCGGGAAAUUAUUCCGGCCACCCUAAUCGGAUGUCAGUACAUGGGAGUGGCGAAGAACUAUGGGCGAGGUUUUUUGGCCAGUCCAGUUUUGCCCAGUAUAGCAUCGUUAGCGAAGCAAGCGUUCUCAAUGCCAAGAUCCUCCUGGAAAACGACAACGAGCUCCAACUUUUCUCCCCACUAGGCUGCGGAUUUCAGACGGGAAUGGGUGCCAUCGAAAACACAACUAACGCAGGUCCGGCCGAUACAGUAUUGAUCCUAGGAUUGGGGGCUGUUGGAAUGGGGGCUAUUAUGACUGCAAAGAUACGCAAUUGCAAAGCCAUCAUCGCCGUGGACCGGGUCAAGGGGCGUCUUGAACUGGCCAAAUCUCUUGGAGCGACACAUAAUUUGGAUACCAGUAGUCCAGAUUUUACUACACUAGAUGAUGCGGUCAGGAAAUUGCUACCCAACGGAGUCUCCAUUGUGAUCGAAACGACAGGGGUGCCUUUUCUAAUCGAGCAAGGACUCCAAUCUACACACCAGCGAGGCAAGAUAGUACUUAUUGGGGUCCCCCCGCUAGCAUAUCGCUUGAGCUUUGACGUGACAGAGCAGAUAAAUACGGGCCGAUCGAUUUUGGGAUGUAUAGAAGGGGAUUGUGUCCCCCAAAUUGCUAUCCCACAAAUGAUCAAAUGGUACCGGGAAGGUCGCUUUCCUGUCGAUAAACUGAUCAAGUUUUUCAAUGCUACAGAUUACCAACAGGGGCUGAAUGGCAUGAAAGAUGGAACCGUGAUUAAACCGGUUCUGUUGUGGACGGGACAGUAG